GUUCUUGGCAGGAACUGCCUCACGUAUCUUCUUGAACAUGCGCAUCUCGAGCCAACCAGGAACCUUGAGUUUCUGACGUACAGGCCUUCAAUGGCUACGGUAGACAAGAUAUACGCCGUCUGACGCGCGGUAAACAAUCAUUCAUUCAGAUAGAGGCAUGCCUCAUUACAUACAAAAGACGCAUAUUUCUUUGGUUCUACACACCCUUUGGAACAGUUAUAUCUAAUCAACACUUCCGAUAUGAGUGCCUCACUUGACCAUAAGGGCCCUCAUGCCGACGAGGCCGCCAUCGAUUCUACCCCAAAUGUUGCCGUAGGCACACUCGUAGAUGACAAGCUCACCACAAACGAACUCCAACAAUUCGGGCAAACAAAGCGCGGUCUCUCCCCUCGCCAUGUCCAACUCAUGGCCAUCGGCGGCUCCAUUGGCACUGGUCUUUUCGUCGGCAUCGGCUCCUCGCUCAGCAACGCCGGACCGCUCUCCCUUCUUCUCGGAUAUCUGUUCUGGGGCAUCCUAUUCGUGUGGCCCUGUAACCUCUGCGUGGCGGAGAUGUGUGCCUGGCUCCCUGUGCGUGGCACUAUCUUUGAACUCGCCUCAAGGUACGUGGAUCCUGCGAUGGGGUUCGCUUUAGGAUGGACGUACUUCUUUGCAGGGACGAUGCUCAUGUGUACGGAGUACAGCGCAGUGGCGACUGUCAUAGGAUAUUGGGCGCCAGAAGUGAAUCCAGCGGUGUGGGUGGCCAUGGCGAUGGUGGUGUGUAUUACACUGAACGUGGUUGCUGUGAAAUGGUACGGCGAAUCUGAGUUUAUUAUGGCAUCGACAAAGAUUCUCCUCCUUGUCGGUCUCAUUCUGCUCACUUUCAUCACCAUGCUUGGCGGUAAUCCCAAAGGCGACCGGUAUGGAUUCCGCUCCUGGACAAACGGCAACGCAAUGCACGCCUACUAUACCUCUGGUGCAACAGGUCGCUUCCUUGGAUUCUGGUCUGUCGUCCGAUAUGCAGCCUUCACGGUCGCCGGGCCAGACCUGAUAUCUCUUGCGGCUGGAGAAAUUCGCAACCCACGGCGCACCAUUCCCCGUGUCGCCCGCCUCGUCUUUUACCGCCUCGUCGGCUUCUACGUGAUCGGCGUGCUUGCUGUCGGUAUCAUCUGCUCAUCGCGUGACACGCGUCUGCUCAACGCCUUGGAUGCUGGCACGUCAGGCUCUGCUGCAUCGCCAUGGGUCAUCGGCAUCGAAAACCUAUCUAUCAGCGGACUACCAGGCCUGAUCAACGCGCUCAUUCUACUGUCAGGCUGGUCAUGUGGAAAUGCAUACUUAUACAGUGCCAGCCGCACGCUGUACAGUCUAGCCAGAGACGCACAGGCGCCACGACUUUUCAAGAAGUGUACAGCAGCGGGUGUGCCCGUGUUUGCUGUGACUGCUGUAUCUCUGCUCGCGUGCAUGACGUUCUUGGUCGCAAGCGACAGCGCGAUUACCGUGUUGUUCUGGUUCAUCAACCUGACGACUAUCGCGCUCAUUCUCACCUACACGGGAAUGCUGGUUACGUUUGUGUGCUGGCACCGUGCGCUGCGGGCUCAGAAUAUCUCGCGGUCUAUUCUGCCAUAUCGAGCACCAUUGGCGCCUUACUCAGCGUAUCUCGCAAUUGGUGUCGGGUGUACUGUAAUGUUGUUCAUUGGUUUCGAUGUUUUUGAGCCAUGGAGCACGCAGGGCUUCAUCACGAGUUACUUUGGCCUAGCUUUUGGGGUUGUGAUGUUUGUGGGAUGGAAGGUGGUGAAAUGUACGCACUUUGUGACAGCUCAGAAGGCGGAUGUAUGGAGUGGCAAGAAAGAGAUCGAUGAGGAGUGUCAUGAAUGGGAGGCGGGUGGGAUUGAAGAGAAUGAACGUCGUAGACUAGCUGGCAUGACGUUCUUAAUGAGAACAUGGGAGAGCAUGUGGUGAAGAUCAUAAAGAUGAGAUCAGUAGGUGAUUAGCCGGAUCUUUUUGUACAGCUUUUGUCGGUAGACACGGUGACAAGUUGCGCCCUUAUACAUAGGUUAGAAUAGCUAGGGUGAAGCAGAACACCUCUAGUCGCAGUCUAGCACGAUCUCUGUGCUCAUCCCAGGAAAAAGAAUAGCAUACAAGGGUUCUAUGAACCUUGGACC